CGUUCCCGAUCACGCCUGGCGGAGUGGGCGAUCCGGUUUUGCAGCUCGGCCUGCCUCGCCGGCGUCGCACGCCCUGCCUCCUGCACUUUUGCAUUUGCGAAGCGCGACAUCUUUCUCCAUCCAGCCCCCCACCCCCUUGCCACCAUGAUGGCAGGCUUGCAGCAGCUGCCCUGUGCGCCCCGAUUCCUCGUGUGUCUAGCCCUAGCUGUAGGGAUGAUGCGGACGGGGUCCUCUGCAGCGGCCGCAGGGGAUGCUCCGCCUGGCAAAAUAGCUGUGAUAGGAGCUGGGAUUGGCGGCUCGUCAGUAGCCUACUUUCUGCAGCAGCAUUUUGGGUCUCAGGUUCAGCUGGAUGUGUAUGAGAAAGACAUGGUGGGUGGUCGCCUGGCCACAGUAACUGUCAACAAGCAGCAGUACGAGAGCGGUGGGGCCUCCAUUCACUCCCUCAAUUUGCACAUGCAAGACUUUGUUAAGCUGCUGGGACUGAAGCAUCGUCGAGAAGUGGCAGGAAAGAGUGCAGUUUUCAGUGGGGAGCACUUUGUCCUGGAGGAGACAGAUUGGUACCUCUUGAACCUCUUUCGGCUCUGGUGGCACUAUGGCAUGAGCUUCCUGCGCCUGCAGAUGUGGGUGGAGGAGGUAAUGGAGAAGUUCAUGAGGAUCUACAAGUACCAGGCUCAUGGCUAUGCAUUCUCUCGCGUAGAGGAACUCUUACAUUCUUUGGGUGGCGACACCUUUGUCAACAUGACUCAGCGCUCUGUGGCGGAAUCCCUGCUGGAAGUGGGCGUCACACAGCGCUUCAUUGAUGAUGUCAUUGUGGCCAUUUUGCGUGCAAGCUAUGGCCAAUCUGUACUGGUGCCUGCCUUCGCAGGGGCCAUGUCGUUAGCAGGGGCGCAAGGCAACAUGUGGGCUGUGGAAGGUGGCAACAAGCUGGUUUGCUCUGAUUUGCUGAAGCUAACCAAAGCUAAUGUAAUCCAGGCCACCGUGACAGCCAUCUCCCUGCACAGUUCAGAAGGAAAAAACUUUUAUCAAGUGCACUAUGAGGAUGAGGAAGGCCAAGGUUCUAGUUUCUAUGACAUAGUGGUCAUUGCCACACAACUGCAUGAUAACAAGAGCAACAUCACCUUUCAGAACUUUGACCCUCCCAUUGCUGAGUUUCCAGGAACUUUUCACACCACCAUCGCUUCCAUAGUCCAUGGCUACCUCAACUCCUCUUAUUUUGGCUUCACUGAUCCAAAGCUCUUCCCUUUCACCAGUGUCCUCACCACAGACUCUCCUGCUGUCUUCUUCAAUUCCAUGGAUAACAUUUGCCCUGUCAAUGUAUCCAGUACCUUCCGGCGAAAACAACCCCAAGAUGCUGCUGUGUGGAGAGUCCACUCCCAGCAUCCCCUGGAAAAGCAGGAGCUGAAGAUCCUCUUCCGUUCCUACUAUUCUGUCCAGGUGACAGAAUGGCAGGCAUAUCCUUCUUAUGAAUCUUCCAAGACUCUUCCGCCCAUUAUUCUCCAUGAUAAUCUCUACUACCUCAACAGCAUGGAGUGGGCAGCCAGCUCAGUGGAAAUGGCUGUUGUGGCUGCCAAAAAUGUGGCCCUCUUAGCUUACAACCUCUGGUAUCAUGACCUAGAUAAGAUAGACCAGAAGGACCUGAUCCACAAAAUAAAGACUGAGCUGUGAAUCUAUCAGGCAGUGCUGGAGGAGACUUUCAGCAUCUUCUCCUUUAUUGGAUGCAGGGUGGGCUGAACAGGUACACUGGACUUUUAACAGGGUGAUGAAUGGAGCACCAUGGAGAAUGGAGAUAUACAUCCCUGUAUAUCUGUUUGUCGGCAGCAAGUGCAUCUCAUUCUUUUUUGCAGAGUCUACGAGCAAAUGGCACUCCUGUACCAGAGACUAAAGGUUCUUAAGAAAAUCUUCGAGGGCAUCUAAGCUGGUUAGUUACUAUUGAACUGCGUCCAAGCUGAUUCCAGGGUCAGAGAUGGGACUGGUUUCUUCUUCAGGCAAACAGUGUUCUGUUACCUGCUGAGCCACAGCCAUGCAUCGUCCCAUUGUACAUCACUUGGCAAAGUACACUUUUGUAAAGAACCUGCCCAAGGAAUGGAUCUCUUGGUUCCUCCGCAACAACUGCAGCCCUGAUUUCCACCUGCUUUCUUCUGAACUUCCUCCUUGUGGCUAGGCUUCUGUGCUAAAGGAACGGCCAUUUGAGUAGGAGUGCCUCUCUGAUGUCAGAACCCUGCAGCAACUUUACUGUACUGCCACGCCAAGCAAUGUUAUCCUUUACCAAGCCCCAUAACCUUGCCUUUAAUUGUGGUCAACCAGAACCGCGAGUUAGGUCUUUAAGCACUGGCUAAAGCUCAGGUUUAACAUCCUGUGCUUGUACAAAUGUGACCUUCCCCUCCCACCCCCACUCUCUCUACCAGUGCAGAACUGCAUAACCACUGUCCUGAUAACUUCCAAUCCCUGCAACUAAUGGCUGAUCUUACAUUGCUUUUCCUUUCAUAUAUCAUAGAGGAAGAUUUAGUUGCUGUUUCUCAGCUUCCAAGAGAAACUGGGCAUUCUCCUCUUCCAGAUCUCAUUGGUUAAAUUAAUUUUUGUUGUUUCUUGGCUAGGAGAAAAUACUGCAUAUUGAUUGGAAGCUUUUAUGACUUGGAGCUGUGUUCCAGCUGUAUUGUCUAGCUGAUUCUGCAGAUCUUGAAAUGGGAGCCUGUAUGCUCCUUCCAUGCUGUUAGUUGAGCCCGUACUCACCUGCAGCUGCUUGCAGUAAAGGGGUAGCUUGGGACAGGUGCAACACAACAGACAGGUGCAACACUCUUGUGGCUGGAGAAAAGAAAUCUGCUUUACUGUCAAAUAGCAAGGCUGCUUCCUGAGCGCAAGGAUUAGUCGGCGAAUUCCUCCUGUUUUUCCUGCAGAAACAGGGUUGGAAGUCCUGGACAUGUGACUCUUAACCCCCUCUAAUAAAGUGUCUUAACUGUG